CUGCUGGCUUCGUCGCAGCGGCAGGCAACUGUGAUUAGUUAAUUUAGUCGUUGAGCUCGCAUGGAACAGACGUGCGCGUCGCAGUUGUCGGAACAGCAAACAGCAAACAGCAAACAGCAACAGCAAAAGCAAAACGAGAACGAAACGAAGAUACAAAUAAAUAAAGAUACAAAUUUGGCGUAUUACAAAAACAAAAGGCAAACAGUUGUCAAAGUGAAUUCACGGCUCUAGUGAAGUGUAAAGUGUGGAACAAGAAGAAGUAGUAGAAGAAGAAGAAGAAGAAACUGAAAUUGAAUUGAGCAAGUGAAGUGAACAAAUGGCCCUUGAGGAUCGCUGCAGUCCACAAUCAGCGCCCAGUCCACCAGGUUGUUUGCCACACUCGCCUCCACAGCAGCAGCAACCGCAUCUACUGCAGCAUCCGGCGAACAUUCGCAUUCACGCAAUACCCAUAUCAAUUUCAGCCCUGGACAUGAGUCUGCAGGGUCCGGGAUCAGCCGCUACGGCGGCAACGCUUUAUCAGCAGCAGCAGCUUCAGCACUUGCAUCAGCUCCAGCAGCUGCAGCAGCUCCAUCAACAACAGCUGGCCGCCUCGGCUGGCGUCUUUCAUCACCCGGCCACAUCGGUGGCCUUUGAUGCAGCCGCUCUGCAUGCGGCUGCACUCCAGCAGCGGUUGAGUGCCAGUGGCUCACCGGGUGCCCAUUCGACGGGCGCCUGCUCCACGCCCGCCUCGACGCUGACCAUCAAGGAAGAGGAGAACGACUCGAUACUUGGCGACAGCUUCCACAACCAGACGGCCACCACCACCACCGAGGAGGAUGAGGAGGAGGACGAUGACAUUGAUGUGGACGACACGGCCUCGGUGUCCGGCUCAGCUCGCCUGCCGCCACCAGCUCACCAGCAGUCCAAGCAAUCGAAACCAUCGCUGGCUUUCUCCAUCUCAAACAUACUCAGCGAUCGAUUCGGGGAUGCGGCCAAGCAGACCAAGCAGGGCGAACCAUCGAGCGCCGUCUCAGCGGCUGCGGCUGCGGCCAGCAUCUUUCGCCCCUUCGAGGCGAAUCGAGCCGCCGCUGCCACGCCCUCCGCCUUUACGCGUGUGGAUCUGCUAGAGUUUAGCCGGCAGCAGCAGGCGGCGGCCGCCGCAGCCACCGCUGCAAUGAUGCUGGAGCGAGCCAAUCUGCUCAACUGCUUCAAUCCGGCUGCCUAUCCACGCAUCCACGAGGAGCUCGUGCAGAGCCGGCUACGCCGCAGCGCCGCUGGCAAUCCGAAUGCUGUGCUGCCGCCGACGGCUAAGCUGACGGAGUCCAGCAUGGAGAAGUCCGCUCUGGGAUCACUGUGCAAGACCGUCUCCCAGAUUGGCCAAGCACAGUCGACGCUGCCCCCGGCAACAACGCCGAGCAACAGCAGUAGCAGCAGCGCCAGCCAGCUGGCCAGUCCGCCACCCGCCUCCAAUGCAUCCACCAUCAGCAGCAGCAGCUCCUCCACAGCGGCCAGCAGCAACAGCAGCAGCAGCAGCGCCUGCUCCUCCUCCGCCAGCUCGCUCAACUCCUCGCCCAGCAGCCGCCUGACCGGAGCCAAUAAUGCCAACAAUGCCAGCAGCCCGCAGCCCAUACCCCCUCCAUCGGCCGUUAGCCGUGACUCCGGCAUGGAGUCCUCGGACGACACGCGCUCCGAGACGGGCUCCACCACCACCGACGGCGGCAAAAAUGAGAUGUGGCCCGCGUGGGUCUACUGCACGCGCUACAGCGAUCGUCCCAGCUCAGGACCCCGCUACCGUCGCCCCAAGCAACCAAAGGACAAGACCAAUGAUGAGAAGCGACCACGCACUGCUUUCUCCAGCGAGCAAUUGGCACGCCUAAAGCGCGAAUUCAAUGAGAAUCGCUACCUCACCGAACGACGACGCCAGCAGCUGAGCUCCGAGCUGGGCCUGAACGAGGCACAGAUCAAGAUCUGGUUCCAGAACAAGCGCGCCAAAAUCAAGAAGUCGACGGGCUCGAAGAAUCCUCUGGCCCUGCAGCUGAUGGCCCAGGGUCUGUACAAUCAUACGACGGUGCCGCUGACCAAAGAGGAGGAGGAGCUUGAGAUGCGCAUGAACGGCCAGAUACCGUAAAUGGCAAACAGCUUCCCCCCAGCUCGUCUGAUCGCCUGCUCCCCAGCUCCCCUGCUCCCCACACUCCCCGGCUGGUCCUAAGUGUGCAAUAUAUAGAAGAAAAGGCGCCAUCCUCCAGCCUUUCGCUGGCUGCUGGAAUCUUCGUGAAUUUGUGCGGCGUACAAAACUGUUUCAUGUGAUAUAAUUGUAAUAUACAUAACUCUAAUAAUAUCGUAAUUUCGUAAUAUCGUAUAUCGUAAUAUCGUAUAUCGUAUAUCGUAUCCUUAAGCUUAUCGAGUUCUCUUCAAAGCUGUUGGCCCUCUAGCAAGUAUUUAUUUUCAACUAUAUAAAAAAAGUAUUAUCGUUUAGUUGGGCUCAAGCUCCAGCUUCUUCAUAGUUAAAGCUUUUGCAGUCUUGCCACGAAUAGCUUACCCUAUCUUAUUUCUAUAAAACACCUACGUUCUUGUAUAAUUCUAUAUAUAAAUAUACACACAUACAUAUAUGCAUAUGUAUGUAUGUAUAUGCUUGACAUGUUAUAAGUAAUUUAAAAGUUCUUUAGAUUAAUUUCUAGCUUAGACAAGACACACACCCACACACACACACAUUAAAGCGCUUUGGCGAAGAAGUAUUUCUAGUUUUUAAGACGCAAAACGAAAUUGUUAUGUAUAAAAACAUAAAAAAUGCUUUAAAAACAAACAAAAGAAAAUACAAAGUUUAUGAACAUCAAUUCACAUGCACCUAAACAAAAACAAAAGCAAUUUAUCGAAAUCCAUGUGCUAAAACAAAAACCUAAAAACAAACAAAAAAC